AUGUUACUGGCUGCUGUUGUUUGGCCCUGUCAAAUUCUGUCAAAUUAUGAAAGCCAUGAAGAUAAUUACAAUUGCGGCCAUCUACUUGGCGUUGAUACUUCUGCCCGUAGACCCUUGCGCUGUGGAGCCUUCGGUAGCCAAGGUAAAGGGAUUUUUGACGACAAGCUGAGUCAUGGUGACGAGCUGCUGGGCAAGCUUGGCCACAACCAGGUGGAGUUGCAACUUCCUUUCGCCGCGGGGGGUUGCAACUCCGGCCCGGGCCCGGGUUUGCUGUGGAUCACCUUAAUGCAAGACAUAUCCUUGGAAGAUCGGCGCAAGAUGAAAGGUCAGCUGAAGGAAACAGUGAAUCACCUGAAGAUUUCCAGCUUGGUAAGUCUAGCCUUAACCCCCACAAACCGAUCCGAUGUCCUGGCGGCGGUAUUGGAGAUCAUCAGCCGGCGUGAAGCCAAGCUGACGCCCCAGCAGGUUGCCUAUGCUGCCUACAGCGUGGCGGCUUUGCAAGGCCUCAAUCGCUCAGAGGCAGCCUUGGCCGCCGUGGAGGUCUCCACAUUGGAUGAGGACGAGAAUUUGGCGCCUUUGGCGGAAGUCCUUUUCUUCCAGGGGAUGGACCUAGCCGAGGCGAAGGCUUUAGUGGUGGACACUGCGCUGGGGCCAAGGAUUUUGAAACUGCCGGGCGGGGCCGUGAAACGCUUUGUCCAGAUCUGUAUGUUGGGAGCGCUUGCCGCGGGUCUCGGCAAAGGCUUUGCGACAGGGGCGUACCGUGAAGGAUCUCACCCUUUCCACAAUGUUGUGCAGGUGGGCCUGCCUUCAGCGCAUAUCGAGAUGCCCAGGCUUUCCAGGGUCUCCAAGUGGCAACCGCCCAUGCAAUUUCUGCAGGGGCGGAGGCGCUUGGCCUACAAGAAAGAUCAGCUCCAAGCGCAGCAGAUGCUGUCCUAUCACAUGGCCAGCGGCUACAGCUACAAACAGGCACUGAAACUUCUGGGCGCAGAGGUUCGCAGAUGGAAGCGGCUUAUGCAAGAGCGCACUGCAGUUGUGAUGUGA